AUGAGUGUAAUCAAAAUUUUUUUUAGUAUAUUAAGCAGUAGAAGAAGAAAUAAGUUGAAGAAUAAUAUGUUAGUAAUAGAAAAGAAAGAAAAAAUAGAAACUCCUUAUAUAUAUUUAUCCAUAUCUGCAUUUAUGUUUGGUUUAUCCUUUGCUUUUGUUCCAUUGUAUCAACUUAUUUGCCAGUCAACUGGAUAUGGAGGAGAAAUACGAAAAAAAUUAGAUAUUAGUAGUUUAAUGAAUAAAAAAGUAAAUAAUAAGAAUAGAUUAAUUGAAGUUAACUUUACAAGCCAGUCUAAUAUGCCAUGGGUAUUCGAACCAGAGCAAAAAAGUAUUAUUGUGAAACCUGGUGAAACAGUAUUAGCAUUUUAUAAAGCUAAAAAUCUGCUAAACAAACCUAUAAUAGGAAUAGCACUAUAUCAUGUACUGCCGGACGAAGCAGGCUUAUAUUUUAAUAAAAUUCAAUGCUUUUGUUUUGAAGAACAAAUGUUAAAUGCAAAUGAAGAAAUUGAUUUACCUGUUCUAUUUUUUAUUGAUCCUGAUAUUUUAAAUGAUUCUAGAUUAAAAAAUUUAGAAAAAAUUACGUUAUCAUAUAUAUUUUUUGAGUCUGAUUCAGAAAUUCCAGAGGAAUAUCAACAUCUUUCAAGAGUAAUUGCAACAAAGAAAAAAGCAGAUUUUCAAGUUAUGUGA